AUGAGUUGGCGAUCAGAAUCUCUAUGGAUAGAAUUUAUAACGGGGUCUCGAAAAACAAGUAAUUUCUGCUGGGCCUUUAUCCUAUUUUUAGGUUCAUUGGGAUUCUUAUUGGUUGGAACUUCCAGUUAUCUUGGUAGAAAUUUUAUAUCGUUAGUUGCGUCUCAGGAAAUCAUUUUUUUUCCACAAGGGAUUGUGAUGUCUUUCUAUGGGAUCGCGGGUCUCUUUAUUAGUUGCUAUUUGUGGUGCACUAUUUUGUGGAAUGUGGGUAGUGGUUAUGAUCUUUUCGACCGAAAAGAAGGGAUAGUACGUAUUUUUCGUUGGGGAUUUCCUGGAAAAAGCCGUCGCAUCUUUUUACGAUUCCUUAUGAAAGAUAUUCAGUCGAUCAGAAUCGAAGUUAAAGAGGGUGUUUCUGCCCGGCGUGUCCUUUAUAUGGAAAUUCGAGGUCAAGGGGCUAUUCCUUUAAUUCGUACUGAUGAGAAUUUUACUACACGAGAAAUUGAGCAAAAAGCUGCUGAAUUGGCUUACUUCUUGCGUGUACCAAUUGAAGUAUUUUGA